CUUGAUUUUGCAGAGUUCUGAGGAAGAUUUCUGAGGCAUGGAGCUUCCAUCAGGUUUAGGAGGAAGUAAAGUGCAUCCGGUGAUGCCACAACACAUAUAAGAGGUCUACAGACAGCCACCAACUAACUCCUCGCUUGCAGAAUUUUUAGAUUGCUGAGUAAUAUGCUGCCUUUGCAAGAGGACAAGAAAGUAGUGCCCAAAAGACGUGUUCUUCAGUAUUCUGACUAGACCUGUUCUCAAGACAAUGGCUUCAAAGGUCUCCUGCCUGUAUGUAUUGACCGUUGUGUGCUGGGCCAGCGCUCUCUGGUAUUUGAGCAUAACACGACCUACUUCAUCCUAUACUGGCUCAAAGCCAUUCAGUCACCUAACAGUUGCCAGGAAAAACUUCACCUUUGGCAACAUAAGAACUCGACCUAUAAACCCACAUUCUUUUGAGUUUCUUAUAAACGAGCCCAACAAAUGUGAGAAGAACAUUCCUUUCCUAGUGAUCCUCAUUAGCACCACACACAAGGAAUUUGAUGCCCGCCAGGCGAUCCGGGAGACAUGGGGGGAUGAGAACAACUUUAAAGGGAUCAAGAUAGCCACACUUUUCCUCCUGGGCAAAAAUGCUGAUCCUGUUCUGAACCAGAUGGUGGAGCAAGAGAGCCAGAUCUUCCACGACAUCAUAGUAGAGGACUUCGUUGAUUCCUACCACAACCUCACCCUCAAAACCUUAAUGGGGAUGAGAUGGGUCGCCACUUUCUGUUCCAAAGCCAAGUACGUCAUGAAAACAGACAGCGACAUUUUUGUCAACAUGGACAACCUUAUUUAUAAACUUCUGAAACCCUCUACCAAGCCAAGAAGAAGGUAUUUUACCGGUUAUGUCAUCAAUGGUGGGCCGAUCCGGGAUGUCCGCAGUAAGUGGUAUAUGCCUAGGGAUUUGUACCCGGACAGCAACUACCCUCCAUUCUGUUCAGGGACUGGCUAUAUCUUUUCCGCUGAUGUGGCUGAACUCAUUUACAAGACCUCGCUCCAUACUAGGCUGCUUCAUCUUGAAGAUGUGUAUGUGGGCCUGUGUCUUCGUAAGCUGGGCAUACACCCUUUCCAGAAUAGUGGCUUCAAUCACUGGAAAAUGGCCUAUAGUUUGUGUAGGUACCGCCGUGUCAUCACCGUCCAUCAGAUCUCUCCAGAGGAAAUGCACAGAAUCUGGAAUGACAUGUCAAGCAAGAAGCAUCUCCGGUGUUAGGAUUUUUAUCAAUGUAAAUAAGUUUCUUUUCUAAGAAAUGGGGACCAAGGGGUUGGUAUUUUACAGGUGUCACCAAGGGAACAUAAAGUGGUAAGGGGUUUUGUAAAGUUUUUGCUUCCUGUUUCUAGUUUCUUUCUUGGAUCAGUAAUUUACAAGUAUUGGGCUCGGUCAUAGAAACAGUGAGUUAGUUAGAAGGGCCAGAUUUCAUUCUCCGGCCCUACGACAUUGCCAUUUAUUUAAAAAAGUGACUCUAAAUAACUGCUAGGCUUCAUGCACUGUACAUCUGAGAUAAAAAUCUGGUCAGGAAAUAGCAACUCCCAGCAAGAUCUUCAUACCAUCUCUGCAAAAGUAAAUAGUAACUCUCUUUGAAAGAUUAAAACAAGUCAGGAAGACACACUGGAUGUGAUUGUCAACGCUGUGUGUUAUUGUCACAUUGCAUUAUUACACUGCAAUACAAUGUGAACAGAAUUUGAGAUCCUACCAAUAAGUGAUUUUAUUCCUGGUAGGGAGACCAUGAUGAAACAGAUGGGAAUUUCAACUUGGGAAUCAACUAUUCUGUAUGUAUAGAAAACACCUCAGCUUGUACUUCCAAGGAUUAAAUCUGGUCAUCAGGUGGGAUGUACAUAAAAUGCUACUUUAAGUAAACAAAUAAACAUUUUUUUUUCAGAAUAAAUAUUACAUGGUGCCCCCAAGGAGACUGCCAAACGUAGUGCUCUCACUUGCUUCCCUCCAUGUACUGCCCUUAUGUACAUUUUACAGUUUUUGGAACGGGCAGGUGUAUGGC